AUGUUAAGAUACUCGGCUCGAUUAAUAUCGUGGUUCGAUGUUUUCUAUUUUUUAGCUGUUUUGAAAAUCAUUCGUUUACAUUUCGAACGUAUCAAUACCGAAAUGAUCGUACUGAAAAGGUUUCAAAAUCAUUUAAGAAGCGAUAAUUAUCUGAAAAUUGUUAAGUUGAAUAAAAUGCAUAAAUCUCUGAGGAAUAUUUGUAAAAUUCAUAAUGAAUCGUAUAGCAUACAGUUGCUUUGGUUGACUUAUUACAUUAUGUCGAUGACUACGGUUUUGGUGUACUUGAUCAUCUUUGCCAGCGUUAUUUAUUUCGUUUUGAAAAACGAUGUACCCAUAAUGGCCGGAUACGUUUAUUACGGUUCUUGGGUCGUGUUGUAUUAUUCAUUUUGUUAUUUCGUAUUGAGAAGUGUUACCGGUGUUGCUAAAGAGGGGAAUAACACUGUUGAAUUGAUUCAAAAGCUACAACUGGAAGUCGACCAACAAUACCUGAAUAAAUUUCUGAAGAUAUUUUCAAGGCAAAUUUACGAUGAUAAAAUCGAAUUCAGCGCUUGCGGAUUUUUCCCUUUGGAUUUUACUCUGAUAUAUCAAGUUAUCAGUAGCUCUUCCAUGUAUCUCAUCAUUCUUUUACAGUUCCAUUUCUCUAAACUUCAUGUGAAGAUUAUAAAUAAUUGA